AUGUCGGGGAUCACAGUGAAUUCGAAUUGUGGAGAAUGUUCACCCCCUUCGCAUGAGCCUUGCACCACGGAAUUACACCCAUACUCUAGCAUCGAUGACGAUGAUGCACUUGUGAAGUAUAUCUGGAGGGAAUAUUUGCAUCCUAAGCAAUAUGAAUGGGUUCUUAUUGUAGGAUACAUUAUUGUUUUUUUUGUUUCUCUCAUUGGAAACACACUAGUUUGUUUUGCAGUGUGGAAAAACCAUCACAUGCGCACAGUGACCAACUGUUUCAUUGUGAAUCUCUCCUUUGCUGAUGUCCUGGUCACCAUCACCUGUCUCCCGGCAAGUCUUGUGGUAGACAUUACAGAAACAUGGUUCUUUGGAAACACUCUUUGUAAAAUACUGCCUUACUUACAGACAAUCUCCGUAUCUGUGUCAGUCUUGACUCUGAGCUGCAUUGCUCUCGACCGCUGGUACGCAAUCUGCCACCCGCUGAUGUUCAAAAGCACGGCCAGGCGUGCCCGCAAGAGUAUCCUCCUCAUCUGGGGGGUUUCCUGUGUCAUCAUGAUCCCCCAGGCCAUCGUGAUGGAGUGCAGCAGCCUGCUACCUGAGCUCACCAACAAAACCAGCCUUUUCACCGUGUGUGAAGAGCGCUGGGGAGCUGAUGUCUACCCCAAGGUGUAUCACACCUGUUUCUUCAUCGUCACAUACUUCGCUCCCCUCUGUCUGAUGGUUCUGGCAUACAUCCAGAUAUGUCAUAAACUGUGGUGUCAACAGAUUCCUGGGACGUCAUCUGUGCUACAGGGGAAGCGGACGCCCCUCCAGGGUUCCACUUAUUCUCCAGGUCCUGGGGAGUCAGCCAGGGUCCGGACCAGCACAGUGUCCGCUGAGAUCAAACAGGUCCGGGCCCGCAGGAAGACAGCCCGCAUGCUGAUGGUGGUCCUCUUUGUCUUUGCCCUCUGCUACCUGCCCAUCAGCGUACUCAACAUCAUGAAAAGAGUGUUUGGGACGUUUAAGUACACAAACAGCAGAGAGACUGUAUACGCCUGGUUCACGUUCUCACAUUGGCUGAUAUAUGCCAACAGUGCUGCAAAUCCAAUCAUCUAUAACUUUUUAAGUGGGAAGUUUCGAGCGGAAUUCAAAGCAGCAUUUUCCUGUCGCUCUUUUGGACGAUGUCAGAACCAAACAGAGGGCAUAAGGAGAAGAAUAAACACGGACAGCCGUAAAUCCUUGUCCACUCAAGUCAACAACAUGGACAAUGUCUCACGGAUAUCUGACCAUGUGGUUUAAUCCUAUACUGGGGCAUGCUGGGAGAUCUUAUAAUUGCACCAUACCACCCAGGACACACUGGCAUUCACUGUCUCCAUGAUACAAAGGUCACGAAUAGAACACAUUGUAACGUCAAGCUUUUAACAACAGACAUCUUGAAUAGACCACAUACUCUGAAUGGACUGAAAGCACUCAAUAUCCACCGACCUGUGUGAAAGCAAAUCCCUCCCCUGCUGGAACUUCUACCCAGGGGAAGAGAAGUGAUUUGAAUGAGUCGUGUCUGUUACAGAUGGAUAACCGUUCUAUUGGCUCCAGUCUUUGGUUCUCAUCCCACCAGAGGCAGGAAUUAGCACCCCAUGGUGUUGUACACCUCACCAGAAAGGACAGACUGAAGGAUGAAUCACAAUGCAAAGAUUAAACCCUAUCAACGUUUAUUAUCAAAGCUUCUUAAAUCUGAAGAUGGAUUACAAAAUAACAAUUUGUUUGUUAAUUAGCCACAAUAGUGUACUACGUGUGUAUUUGUGGUGAUGUUUACUUAUGUCUUAGGAUGACUACUUAUU